GUGAGUACCAACAUUUAAAUUGUCAUACUUUAUUACAAGACUUGUCGACCGGAUCGUGGGAAUCAUAUAUGUGUAAGACAACACAUGCAUAGAGAUAUAAUGGGGAACAGAGGUUCCAAAGACGACACGGCCACACCGGUCUCCACUACAAUAGACACAUCGGAGGACCAGGCCUUUGGAAAACAUGACUUCCCUUUCGAGAACCUGGUUAUGGAGGGAGGUGGAGUCCGAGGUGUGGCGCAUAUCGGGGCACUGAUGGUCUUGGAAUCUGCGGGAAUCCUCAAGAACAUCACGAGAGUUGCCGGUACGAGCUCAGGAGCCAUAUUUGCAACAUUGGUGGCCCUGAAACUCACCUGUAAACAAAUGGCAGAGGAGCUGGAUAUUGACAUUAAGAAGAUGGUAUUUACCGGAGGCAUUAAGAAAUUGGGCAAGCCUUUCAUGUUUUUCCAACGACUUGGCUGGGACACGGGAGAAGGUUUUUACGAGUACUGUGGCAGUGUUCUGGAAAGGCACACCCGGACAGAAAAUCAGCCCGGGAACCCCGACAUCACGUUUCAAGAGCUGUACGAAAGGACAAAAAUAGAGCUCUGCAUCGUGGUAACAAACCUGAACCAACAGAGGGAGGUAUACUUCCAUGUCAAAACCGCGGCCGACCUGCCCAUCCGUAAGGCUCUCAGGAUGUCCAUGUCAUUGCCAGCACUGUUCCAGCCUGUGGUGGAAGAUUAUUUUGGAGUUAAGGAGUACUUCGUUGAUGGGGGCAUGGCCUGUAACUACCCUCUCCAUUGUUUUGAUGGUUGGUGGCUCUCCAUGAAGGAGGAAGAUUCCUUCUUCAAAAAGCUGGUACUAGGUCUUGCCGACCUCAACAAAGCUCUGGAAAGAUCGGAGCGCUUCGAGCCUGUGAAUCCGAAAACGAUCGGAAUCAUGCUGUAUUCCGAUGACGAUAUCGAGCUGUUCGAGCAAGAAUUCUGGAACCGCCUGACGCCAGAGGAAAGGGAAUAUGACAGGCCGACUACUGAUACUGAAGCCGCAAGGGAAUACUACAAGAAGAAGGAGAAGAAGAAGAAGGAGAUAAACAGGAAGGAGAUUCGGGAAUAUGUCAACAGAUUUCUGACAGCUCUGAAGAAUAAAAAAAUAAACCCCGAUUCACCAAUUGACAGGAAAGAACUGGACAGUUAUUUUGUCGAGGAUGGGACCAUGACGGAUGCGGAAAGAAGAGAUUUCGUCCGUCAACUCUUUGACCAAAUGGACGCUGACAAGAAUGGACAGCUAACCUAUACAGAAAUCGAACAAUCCUUUGGCAAGAAUCUUGUCCAAUGGUUGCUGACACACGUAGGCUGGUCCGAAGAACCACACGACAAGAGAUGGCGCAUGGUGGACUACCUCAAGAAGUAUUUGGACCUCUUCUUUGUCCGCAACAAAAAAUUCUUCCACCAGGCUGAAGACGUGCAUAGAACUAUUGGUGUGGACACCAAAUACGUGAAGGUGACAAGCUUUGAUCUGGAGGACGAGGACAAAAUGUUCCUGUACAAGGUUUGCUGA